AUGCCUAACCGUGUCAUCAUCGACACCGACCCGGGCGUCGACGACAUCCUCGCCCUGCUGCUCGCCUUCUCCUCCUCCGCAGCCGAGAUCGAAGUCCUCCUCGUCUCGCUGACGUUCGGCAACAUUGAGAUCAGAAAAUGUCUUCGCAACGCCGUCUCGGUAUUCCACGUGAUUGAGAAGGAGAUGGCCUGGCGUCGUGAACGCGGGCGGGAAGAGGGCUUCGAGGCGCUGAAGGCAUGUAAGCCGGUAGUCGCUGCGGGUGCUGACCGGCCGCUGGAUAGCGAGCUGGCGUACGAGGCCCUGUUCGCGCCCGACUCGGCCGACGGGACAGCAGCAAGCGUGCGGGAACUGAACGCGGACGAACCGCAGCUGUACACCCCGUCCAGGGAGCUCGCGCACCGGGAGAUGCUGCGACUCCUACGCGAGAACGAGCCCAACACCAUCACCAUCGUGGCCGUUGGUCCCCUGACGAACCUCGCCCUCGCCGCCGCCGAGGACCUGGACGCCUUCCUGCGCGUCAAGGAGGUCGUCGUCAUGGGCGGCGCCAUCGACGAGCCAGGAAAUGUAACGCCGUUUGCGGAGUUCAACGUGUUCGCCGACCCUGUGGCCGCGGCGAGGGUGUUUGCCCUCACCUCCCCGCGCCCCCGGAUCCCCAUGCCCGUCGUCUCCGAGUGUUCGACGCUACAGAGCCAGCCCCCAGCCAGGCUAAGCAACCCGCUAAACCUCAAGAUGGCGCCCCUGGACCUCACGCACCAGCACAACUUCACGCCCGCCGCCUUCCGCCCAGCCGUCGCCCCGCUGGUACAGGCAGCGUCACCCCUGGCCCAGCUGGUGCCGACGGUGGUAGAGCACACGUUCGACAUGAUACGCCAUCUCCGACUACUUCGGGCAGGCAAGCAGAUGGACGACGAGGAGACGGACACGGAGAUGAGCCUGCACGACCCUGUGUGCGUGUGGUAUGCCCUUCACCAGGGACGAGGGUGGGAGUGGGAGGAGCGAGACGUGCGGGUGGAGACGACGGGCCAGUGGACGCGAGGGAUGACGGUGGUGGACAGGCGGACGGGGAGGAAGAAGGUCGACGUCGAGGAGGAAGAGGAAGACGAGAGCGACCGGGGCGGAUGGCUGGGGGUCGGGGGCAACCGGGUGGGCGUCCUGACGAGGUGCCCGGACACGCUCGCCCACGACCUCCUCGCGCGGGUUACCCCUACUCUAUAA